AUGGGCGCCCACGAAGACAGAAACAGCAAAACAAGCGUCCAAGGCGGUGCCAGCGCAGUCCCAACCCCCGCAAACAACGUCAACACCGGCUCCUCAGGAACAGGCCUCUCCGAUGCCAGCCAAUCCGGCGGCAAGGGCGCUGCAGAAGGUGGCAGCAGCUACCAGGGACCAGGGCACACCUCGAUCCCCAAUCCGGCGGCCUCCAUCGGCGGAUUUUUGGGUCUGGUAGAUCAAAAGGGGGCAGCGGAAGCGCAUAUGAAACAACGAGUUGCUGAAUCGGGGGGAUUUAUUGAUAAGGAUCUGAAGAAUAGUGGGAUUAAGGAGACUUGUCAGACGGAGGAUCAUAGUUUUAUGGAAACUAAGCCGGGACGUCCUGAUGCGUUACCGGGGAGUUCGUUGCUCAAGGGGGCUGUUGGUCGGUUGACCAAAUAGAUCCGAUUCAUGGCAUGUAUGUAUCAGUUAUGGUUAUGUUCAUGUACAUUUAGCUCUUCUUUUUCUUCCAUUUGAUAUCCAAUCAAUCCUCUCGGAUUAUGCAAUCACUUUUCCUUCACUUUCGACAGUUUACCACUUAAUCGAUCGCGUAUCGUGACCAGUCUGCUCGCCAACCGCGCCUUUAAGCUCAAUGCCCGCAAAGCCGGCUCAUCUGCAGGCACAAAUCGUCGCACCAAAAGAUUGAAAAUACUUCCAAAUCCCAAAGCCAUGACAGUGCUAGUCAGAAUGAUGACGUUAUACGGCAUACUGAAAUCUGGUGUUGGAAGUGACAAGAGCAGCCCUGUUGUUCGUAGGUAGACUGGAGAGCGGCUUUUUUGGUCAAGGAUUCUGAUUACUGCGGGCGCUACGUUGAACCCCCUAUUGGCGUCGGGAGGAUAUUCGGUGUAUCGUAGAAUAGCCUUUUCAAUAUCGUAUAUAAGAGUGACGGUUGAAUCUGCUGGCACUGAUAGCACUAGUUCGAGCUGGGUACCUUUCUCUCGAUCGAUAGCAGGACGAUAGUAGAUCCCUUUGAUGAUAUCUGAAAAAGGUAGUUGUCGUGAAAUACCAUCAUUUCCAACUACUGUAGCCUGAAGAGUAUGGAGAUAUGGACGCAUGAACCAAGGGAGAGAUUCAAAGUAGAUGAAAUCGACACUUUUGACCGUUGAAGGGUUUCUGAAAAUCACGCGCAGACCACCCCGUUCUUGUCCGUGUCCAAUGAUAGUCCGUUCAGCAUGUAGCACCCCUUGUUGUAGAGGGACUUUGGCCUUGGCUUCCUCCUCGGGCAGCACGAGGUCAAAGUCAGUAGUCGACGACAAGACAAAGCAUCGAGAUAUGCCACUGCCAUCUUUUAUCUCCGUCGCACCUGGUGUGGUCAAGACAGUCCGACUGUCUGGUACCUUCAGACACACCGUUUGCGCACCGGGCCCAGCUUCAUCAGUUAGAGGACAAUGCCCCUUGAUGGUACGACCGAAGAUCUCGGAAAGAGUCCAUCCGACUUCCGACUUUUUCUCCAAUGGAAAGCAAGUAUCAUCAGAGUUGUAAGGUUUUGUUGGGUCACAAACCAGU